UUUGGGUGUGUUUUUGAGAUUGGCCCUAUUUUUAGGGCAGAAAACUCCUUCACACAUAGGCAUUUGUGUGAAUUUACUGGCCUUGAUGUUGAAAUGGAGAUUAAGAAGCACUAUUGUGAGGUAAUGGACAUUGUGGACAAGUUGUUCGUUACAAUGUUCGACUCAUUGAAUGCGAGUUGCAAGAAAGAACUUGAAGCUAUUGGAAGACAAUACCCCUUUGAACCUUUAAAGUACUUGAGAAAGACCUUGUGGCUUACUCUUCAAGAAGAUGUUCAAAUGCUCAAGGUGCUGGAAGCACUCCACUUCAUUAUGCUGCUUGUGGUGGAAGUGUGCAGUGUUGUCAGUGUGCAGUUGUGGACAGUGAACCAAUUUGGAACACCUACGUUGCACCUUUGUUUCUUUACUUCUAUUAGAUUUAUCACUGAAAGUGGACUUCAACAUUUUUCCUCUAUAUUUCAUUUACCUUCGUUGCUUUACUUAAUUAAGAUUGCUUGCUUCACAGUCAUUAUGUAUCCUUUAGAAGCUGAAUAUAUUAACAUUUAAUGUGGACACAAUGUCACUAAUUUUGUGUCUAA